CUAAGAAGCAGAAAGAAAUAUGAGAAGAAAGAGAAUCCUUACUUGUUAAGCAAAAACUCUCGUUAGCAACGCGUAUUUUCCAUACCCAAAAACCCUAUCUUCUCCUUCCUUAAUUACUGUUUUCUGAUUGUAUACAUAUACAAUAUAGAUUAGUAGUUGUAGUAGUAGAGCAGAUAAGUUUUUUCUUUUGCCGAAAUCUUCAAAUUUGGAAAAAGGGUAUUGGGGUUUUGGUUCUUGAUUUUGUUUUUGGGAUCUUCUUCAACCAUGUCCAUGCUCGAUUCAUUCUUCAACAAGGGUUUCAAAGCUGCAAAAUGCAAAACCCUGCUGAAAUUGACAAUUCCACGUAUAAAGUUGCUGAGAAACAGGAGGGAGAUGCAGCUAAAGCAGAUGCGCCGCGACAUAGCCAAGCUUCUUGAGACUGGUCAAGAAGCUACUGCUCGAAUUCGGGUUGAGCAUAUUAUCAGGGAAGAGAAUAUGAUGGCAGCUCAGGAGAUUCUUGAGCUCUUCUGUGAGCUUAUUUCUGUUCGGCUUCCCAUUAUCGAGUCACAAAGGGAAUGUCCUUUAGACUUGAAAGAAGCCAUCUCUAGUGUGAUUUUUGCUGCACCAAGAUGUGCUGAUCUACCAGAGUUGCUUCAAGUUCAAAUAGCAUUUGCAUCGAAAUAUGGGAGGGAGUUUGUAGCAGCUGCAACUGAGCUUAUGCCAGACUGUGGUGUUAACCGCCAGUUAAUAGAACUUCUCUCGGUUCGUGCUCCUUCACCAGAUAAAAAACUUAAGCUUCUGAAGGAAAUUGCUGAUGAACAUGAAGUAGAUUGGGAUCCUGCUUCUUCGGAAUCUGAGUUUUUCAAAACACAUGAAGAUUUAUUGAAUGGCCCGGCACAGUUUGUCAGUGGGUCUAAAGUUCCCCUUCCAAUGGAAAAACACGAGGUAUCACAGACUACUUCUACUCAAGCCCACCAAGAGGAGCAUGAUUCCGAUGAUGACUUAGAUUUUCCUGAAGUUCCUACGGUAUUAGUACGGCCAGGGGAGAACAAUUCAUCAGCCCCACCGGUGAUCCCACCUUCAUCAAACGUGUCACGCCCUGGAAACGAUCAUGACUUAUUAAAAAAAUCUGGAUCUUAUGGUGAAUCAUCCGAUGAACAUUAUGAACCUGAUGAAGUGUUGGAUGAAAGUGUGUUGUUUAAUAAAGAUGAAAAAUCUCAAGCUUCAGCAGCUGGUGGUAUGGAAGAAAAGCAGUUUUUGCCAUUCAUGUCGGCUCCAUCGCUAUCUUCUGCAUCAUUUUCUGCAAGACAAACUAAUAGUACACCACCACCCAUUCUUUCCAGGACGAAAAGCGCAACAAAUGUGGAUCUGCAAGAUGUACUGGCUGCUGCUCAAGCUGCUGCUGAUUCUGCUGAACGUGCAGCAGCAGCAGCCCGCUCGGCUGCUAGUCUUGCACAAGUCAGAAUUAACGAGCUGACCAAGAAAAACAACGAGCGAUGUCCCGAAAAUAGCAGUGAGAAUCCAUUCCAUACAUCUAGUCCAAACCACUCAGUUACAGAAGAGAGACCUCAUUUCGAUCGCAAUGACUCUAUAGGUGACUCCGAAGGCAUUACAAGCCCUCCAAACUAUCAUCAAGUUCAUUCACUUGAAUCUCUUAAAGCAGAAUUCGAUGCUUCUCUUCCUCUACCCGGAUCAGACCCUGCAAGUCACCAACCUCAGAGACUGCCUUCGAUGGACGACGAGCCUUACUUCUCUUAUCCAAACUUGUUUAACUCACAAAACUCGAAUCUGGGAUCCCAUUCUCAGACAGUUACAGAUAAUUCUCGGUCCUCAGAUGAGCGCUGAGUUUCGAUAUCUGUCUCCGGUUCAUCAUAUGAUCAUAGAACUUAUGAGUAUAUUUUCGAUUUGUGUAUAAAGUGCAGUUUUGUGCUGAGUGUAAUUAGUGGCUGUCUUUGAUAUCUGUGGCCAGUGCUGGAGCUGGUGAUUUUUCUCUACUCUUUACUGUGAUUUUUUUUUAUAGUAGAAUGAGAAAAAUGGAAAGUAUCACCAAAAUAAAAGGUGUUUGAACUCAACUAAGUACAGCCACAAAAUGCAUGAAAUUGUUUGGAUUUGGUAGUUCUUUUUAUUGUUUUUUUUUCUCCUCAUUUGAUGUGUAAAACUAAAUAUUAUAUUGUAUUAAUACAAAUUAUGUAACAAACUGAAAUUAUACAAUUGAGGUUUAUGUUUGUGAUUUGGGGUUA